AGACGAAUCUACCAGCUCAGUGAUCAAUCCUCUUAUGGUUUGCUCCUAGUUUAACAUCCUUUUUCGGCGUGCAAUUCAGUUUUCCUUUUAUUUUGUGACUUUGCUCAAAGGAUCUUGAAGUAAAGCAAAUGCCGCGACGAAGAAAGGAUGCGAUAAACGUGACGAUCUCUUCGGCAGGGCGUGGAUAUUCGCAACACCUCCAUCAUCGGUCGACUCUCAUGAAAGAGAAGCCCCAACAGCGAAAUGCGGCGAAUGCUAGAGAGCGGGCCCGGAUGCGUGUGCUUAGCCGAGCUUUCUGCCGAUUGAAGACGACUCUACCCUGGGUGCCGGCCGAUACGAAACUAUCCAAACUGGACACUCUUCGGUUGGCCACCACUUACAUCGGACAUCUGCGAGCGGUUCUAGUCGAGGGUGGUGCAGGAAGAACUUCUCCCGUUUCUUCAUCUCAGCAUCCAGUCGUGUCGAUGAGCUGGCCUUUCAUGUUUAAUAAAUCCGGUAAUGGGCAAUCGAAUUCUUCGUCGGAUAGCGGAUCAGACUCUCCCAUGUCCAGCGUUGAUAAUUUCAAUCUCCAUCAUGAUUGUUUGGCAGCGGAAGAACACCAACCUCAAAACCAACGACAACUUCCGCACUAUCAAUGCAGUUCUCGAGGUGAAAUGUCCAUCAUGAAUGCAAGUUACCAGAUACAUCAGCAGCAUCAACAAGGAGUAGACUAUUCGAGCAUCCCUUCGGAACUUAACUAUUGUGGUAACCUGACAGAAUUACCAUAAGUUUAUUCAGAUCUUGUUUUUAUUUGGAACCUCAGUCUUAAAAAAAAAAAAACACGUUUCCGUUUUUCAAGUGAUUGCUUAAAUUUCCCGGAUAUUUGCAUGUCAAUCAAUGUCAUUUGUGUUGAAGCGACAACGGACCAGUCUGUCGCGCUAUCUUUUUAUGUUUAAUUUCCCUCCUCAUUAAUUAUCCCAUCUUUUUGCCUUAUUACGAGAAGAGAUAUUUAGCUUUGAUACUACGAUUCAUAAUAAAACGCAAAGUUCCAUUAAA